AUGCACACAUGUCCAAAAGAAGGAAGACCAACUAGCACCCAGCGCAUGGUGUCAAACGACGGGAUUGUGUUGCUGGAGCACGGAUCACACGUGCCGAAGAGACAAUGCAAUGAAUGCCCCUUUCGAUCGCGUCAUGCCCUCUCUCUAUCCCUCUCUCCGCACGCUCCCAAAAACUCGAUUGAUUCGGUGACUAGGUGUCGAAAUCAAUUGGUCCAAAAUCAUUUAGAUUAUCUUGUGGAUGUUCAAUCACCGCAAUUUCUGAUUCUUCGUCGCAAUCAUAAGCUAAAGAUGUUCAUGGUAAAACAAUUCGAGACGGAAGAAAUCAUCGAGGAAAACGUCGAAGUAAUUAGUGAAAAACAUCAGAUCAGCGAAAAGCACGAAACGGUAGAGAAGCCAACUGAGUUGAUAGAGCAUGAACAUGUUGAAGUUGCCGACGACAUUCCUCCGGAAUUAGAAGCUCUACUUCACACCGAUCCCUCACACGGUUUAACCACCGAAGAGGCGAAAAAACGUUUGGAACAAUUCGGUCGUAAUGAAUUGGCUGAGGUCAAAACGAAUCCCAUCCUGAAAUUCUUAUCUUACUUCACCGGUGCCAUCGCAUAUCUGAUCGAGUUGGCGGGUGUCUUCGCUGGUGUCGUGCAGCACUGGCUCGACUUCUCCGUUAUCAUAGCUUUGCUUCUUGUCAACGCAUUGAUCGGUUUCAUAGAGGAAGCACGGGCGGAGAGCGCUUUGGAUGCUCUGAAGCAAACUCUCGCGUUGAAGGCCAAGGUCUGGCGUGAUGGUCAUUUCGUGGACUUGGAUGUUGCUGAACUCGUCCCUGGUGAUGUAAUUGGUCUUCGUCUUGGUGACAUUAUUCCGGCCGACGCCCGUCUCCUCGGUAUCUCGGUCACCGGCGGUGAAACCGAAGGCACUUUGUCCAUUGAUCAAUCAGCUUUGACCGGUGAAUCCCUUCCGGUCGAGAAGAAGAAGGGUAGCACCGUUUACUCCUCGUCCAUCGUCAAGCAGGGUCAAAUGUUGGCUGUCGUCACAAAGACCGGCAGUAAUACUUUCAUUGGGCGUGCCGCUAAUUUGAUCUCAAUCACCGUUGAACAGGGUCACUUCCAGAAGAUCGUCAAUGCCAUUGGAAACUUUUUGAUUCUGAUCACUGUGGUUUUGGUCGGCAUCAUCUUUAUCUACCAAAUGGCCAAACACGGAACUUUCCUCGACGUCCUUGGUCACGUGCUGGUCUUGACCAUUGCUGCUAUCCCGGUCGGUCUUCCCACCGUGUUGUCAGUGACCAUGGCCGUUGGCGCUAAGCAACUCGCCGCGAAGAAGGUCAUUGUCAAGCGUCUCACAGCUGUUGAGGAAAUGGCCUCGGUUUCCGUACUUUGCUCUGACAAGACCGGUACCUUGACCCUGAACGAGUUGACCUUCGACGAACCCUACCUGUGCAACGGUUUCACGAAAGAGGACAUCCUCCUUAACUCUUACCUCUCCGCCGAACCUGGUGCAAAUGAUCCCAUUGAAUCCGCCAUUCGUACUGCUGCCGAGGAGAACCUCGAUAUCCUCAAGAAUCGCCCAAAUAAAUAUGAGGUUCCCGGAUACAAAGUUACCGCUUUUGUUCCUUUCAACCCCACCACCAAGAUGACCAAUGCCACUGUCGCCAACCUCGAGACCAAAGAAGUUUUUAAAGUAGCAAAAGGUGCGCCCCAAGUCAUCAUCAAACUUGUCGGUGGUCAUGAGAUGGCCGUUCGAGCUGUCAACUCUUUGGCUGCGCGUGGUCUUCGUGCCCUCGGUCUUGCCCGUACCGUUCCCGGUGACCUUGAAACUUACGAAUUGAUCGGCAUGAUUUCUCUCCUCGACCCCCCUCGACCGGACUCCGCGGAAACCAUUCGACGCUGCAACUCCUAUGGUGUCGAUGUGAAGAUGGUCACCGGUGAUCAAUUGAUUAUCGCCAAAGAGGUGGCCCGUAGACUUGGAAUGGGUCGCGUGAUCCUUGACGCCAAUCAUUUGGUUGAUCCUGAAAAGUCCGAAGAGGAGGUGACUCAACAUUGUGAACGUGCCGACGGUUUUGCCCAGGUCAUUCCCGAACACAAGUAUCGUGUGGUCGAGCUGUUGCAAAAGCGUGGUCUGCUUGUCGGUAUGACUGGCGAUGGUGUGAACGAUGCCCCAGCCUUGAAGAAAGCCAACGUUGGUAUCGCCGUCCACGGAUGUACCGACGCUGCGAGAUCGGCGGCUGAUAUCGUACUGUUGGCCCCUGGUCUUUCCACUAUCGUCGACGGUAUCACCACCUCUCGUGCCAUCUUCCAACGUAUGAGAUCCUAUGCCCUCUAUCGUAUCACCUCCACCGUUCACUUCUUGAUCUUCUUCUUCUGUAUCACCCUCAUCGAGGAUUGGCAGAUGGACGCCAUCCUUUUGAUCUUAAUUGCCUUGCUGAACGAUGCCGCCACCCUCGUCAUUGCUGUGGACAACGCCAAAAUUUCUCACCGUCCUGAUAAAUGGCGUCUCGGUCAAUUGAUCACACUGUCACUCGUUUUGGGAUGCCUCCUGACCGCCGCUUCGUUUGCUCACUUCUACAUUGCGAAAGAUGUCUUCGGUAUUAGUAAAACCGACAGUCGCCUGGAAACAAUCAUGUACCUUCACAUUUCAUCCUGCCCACAUUUCGUCAUCUUUUCCACCCGCUUGUCUGGUUACUUCUGGGAGAAUCUUCCUUCACCAACCUUCUUUGCCGCCGUCAUGGGUACACAAGUUUUCGCCAUGUUUAUCUGUAUAUAUGGUGUUCUUUCGGGAGCAAUUGGUUGGGCCUGGGGUGUUAGCAUCAUCUGUAUUUCAUUGGCCUACUUCUUUGUGUUAGACUUUGUCAAAGUUAAUCUAUUCAAGUACUGGUCAUUCGAGAUGACUGCUAGAGCAUGGCCGUCACCAUCCCGUAGACGCAAACUAAAGAAUCGCCAAGUGGAGGCUGUUUAUAAGCACAGAGUAAAUGCGAACUUUGCAAAGGUUCGAAAGGUGGUGCUCAUGUCCAAA